AGAGUAUUUCCAUCAUAGUUCAACACAAAACCUCUCUUUGUUAGUCAAAUACACAAAUUCAAUUGAAAAAAAAAUACUUUAUAACCCCCAAGAAACCCAAACCCAAUAACCAACUAACAAACAAGGCUUAUCCAUCUUUCAAUUAUUUAGUUUUCGAUUUGGUAUAUAUUUAGAUUAGUAGCUUUUAUUUUCUGCAAUGGAUACAAUGAGCUUAUCAGCGUAUAGCACGCAAUUGGAUGAACGUUCUCGAAAGUCAGUAAAAUCGCAUGCCAGUAAAUCGCAAUUUUUGGAUAUAGCCCCGGAAUUGGAUAUUUCGGCAAUUAUGUAUAAAUAUUAUUUAGACGAUUUUCGUACAUUAACAGAAGAAGAGCGUGAACAACGUUUGGCCAGUUUGGAUGCCUUGGAAAUGUUGCGAACGAUUGAACAAGUUAAUAAUGAGGUGGCCACAUUACGCUUGGAGAAUCAUAUACUUGUUGAAUUUCUCGAGAAAAAUGAUCCAAAACUAUUGCUGGGUUUGCGUCAGAGACGAACUUCUAUAUUGAAACGUUUGCAAAACAAAGGUCGUGGCUCAGGACACGCUGGCAGUCAGGCGGCAUAUGGUAGUCGUCAAUCGAGUUCAAAACGUUCAAUGGCCAUGUCAGUGUCGCAUAGUAUUAAUACGGUAUCGGGCGAGAAACGUAAAUUUACCGAUUACAAAUUGAACUACAAGGCCAAGGCAGAAAUGGCCGAGAAGAGAGCGGCCGAAGUUGAGAAACGUGUCACGGAUAUUGAAAAAAAUGCCAUGGUGGAAAUCAAACAAUUGCGUGCCAAAAUAGAGGAAUUACGUUAUCGUAGUGAGGAAACGAUUGAGACGGAAAAGAAUUUCAUGUUGCACUUUCUGCGCGACGAAAAUGAUGUGGCAUUCCUCGAAUCGGCCACCGAACGUCAAAUUGAACGUAAAUUGCGUAAAUUUACAACCAAUUGGUUUAAAAAUGCUCGCGCUUUGCUUGGAACCAUGAGAUUGACCAUAGUUUCAUUACAAGAGACAUGUCAACAGCAUCGAGCCGAUUUGAUAACCAAAGCCGAUCUGAGUGGCAUCCUUACAGCUGUUGAUUUUGAGAAACUAAUCAUAAAACGGACAGAGCUAACAAACCAACUGGAAGAGAAGAAUACCCAUAUGGCUGGUCUAAAAGGUGUAACAGGUAAAACAUCAUUGGCCAUGACUGAAGAAAAACAAGCCAUGAUGAAUCUAGAGGCUGAGAUGCGUUCAGUUUUAAAUAAAACCGAAGAGGUAACACGUGCCAUUGGCAAACUAGAGAAAGAAGUUGCUGUCGUUCAAGUCAAUAAUCAAAAGGAUUUCAAGAUUCUCGGUGAUUUAAGGGCACAAUUAUUUGAAUAUGAGGCACCGAGUGUCACCGAGUAUAUUGAACGUAAAGAGGAGGCCAUAAUGUUGGAAAAGGAAGAGAAAAUGCUGCAACGCAAGAUCUAUAUACUUAAUAUGAAAUUGAAUAAUGCCUUGCGUCGAAAACAUCGCGGGACUGAUUUCUGAUACCAAAAAAAUUAAUAAAAUAAACUUACCCAAAUGAUAGUA